CUAAGAAGCCACGAAAAGCUACACGCUAAUGAAAAACCACACAAAUGUACAAUUUGUGAGGAAAAAUUUACACAUGCGAAUGCCUUGCAGUUGCACAAACAAAUACACAAUAGUGAAAAACUACACAAAUGUAUGAUCUGUGACCAAACGUUUGUGCAGGCUGAUGCCUUGGAAACACACAAACAGAUACACAUUAGUGAAAAACAACACAAGUGUACUUUUUGCGAGGAAAAAUUUGCACAGGCUGAUGUCUUGAAAUUACAUAAAAAAAUACAUACUAUUGAAAAGCCAUAUAAAUGUGAUAUUUGUGAAGAAAGAUUUGGACAGGCUGAUUCCUUGAAAACACACAAACAAAAUCACAAUCAAGAAAAAAGAUUCACUUGUUCCAUAUGUGACAAAAAUUUCACACAGGCUGCUCAUUUAAAAAGGCAUGAAAACAUACACACAAAUGAAAAACAAUACAAGCGUUCCAUUGGUGAUAAAAGAUUCACACAGGCUCGAGCCUUGAAAACACACAAACGAAUACACACUGGUGAAAAUUCAUACACAUGUCCAUUUUGCGACAAAAUUUUCACACAACAUGUUAACUAUAAAUCACACAAAAUGGAACACACGAGGAAGAAAUCAUUCACAUGUAAAUAUUGUGACAAAGUUUUUAGCCAUUCGGGUGAUUUUAAAAAGCACAAACGAACCCAUACUGGUGAAAGGCCAUAUACUUGUACAAUUUGCAAUAAAGGCUUUGCACAGGCUGGCACAUUAAGGGCACAUUGUAGAACACACACUGGUGAGACACCAUACAAAUGUACAAUUUGUGAGAAAACGUUCACUCAAGCCGGAUCCUUGCAAACACACAUUCGAAUACACUAUGAUGAUAACCCACAUAUAUGUUCUGUUUGUGACAAAAGAUUUAAUCAUUCUGGUGAUUUGAAAAAACAUAAGAUGACCCACACUGGUGAAAAGCCAUAUCAAUGUUCUGUAUGUGAGAAAAAAUUUGGACAAGUGGGUAACUUAAAAGCCCAUGAAAGAACACAUACUGGAGAGAAGCCUUAUCCAUGUGUUUUAUGUGACAAACGAUUUACACAGGCUAGUAACUUGAGGGCCCAUGUAAGGAAAAUGCAUAGCUGAAAACUAUAUUCCAACUGUUUCAAAUUAAUGCUUUUCAAUUAGAAAAAUGUUUGACAAAUCAGACAACUGCUAAAUUGACUUUGUAUAGAUGCAGUAUGAUGGUAUUGUUAAGGGUCCGUCACUUGGCCUACAUAUUUUCAUUUAUAUGUAAAGAACAACGUACAAUAACGCUUUUAAAUCUGAAACCUGAAUCUUAAUCUAUAUGUUGACAAUAUAUUUUGUAAAACUCAAGUUAGUAUGAUACUGUUUUGUAUAAUUCCGAGUAAUUUCGUUCAAUACAUUCCUGCCUACCUUUGAAGUUCCUAGAUUCAUAUUCAUGUAAAGUGUAUUUUCAGUCUCACUUGGAAAUGACACCAUUCAAUCUAAAUUAGAGUUUAGAUCAUUUUUUGACAAAAAUCUUUGCAAUGUUGACACACGCAUUUCUUAAGGAAAAUGUUUACUUUGAUAACUGUAAUAAAGGAAGCCCUUGAAAAUACAUUGAUUAACCUUUGUAAAACAGAAGGUGCAGACUGAAUUUGUGAUUUUGUGUAUUUUUCAAAAAGCUUGUUUUAUCAACCUGCUUUUGCUUCCUUUUAUUUACCUUAUUUCAUAUACUAAGUAUCUUGGUUGUUAUUUUGAUUAGUUAACAUUUUAGAAAUAGUUUUGUCAUGGUAAUAUUACAUGUACUGUACAGGUAGUUUAUUUAGAGGAUAGAGUGAAAAUUCCAGGUUUAUUCAUGUCAGAAAUUAUGUUUGUUAGUAACUCCACUACAAUCUUAAUUUUGUAUGCACAUUUUAGAUUUGAUUUUCAAUUUUAUAAUAUAUAAUCAGAAGUGGUGACAUAUGGUUAAUAACUUUUUUGUGGACGUAUCUUACAAAUUCUUAAUAUAACUUCCAAUAACUUAUAAAGUACUGUUUAGACUACUCUGCGUGCAGAGUCUAGUUAAACUACAGUGUAAGAAGUGAAGUCAAACGAAUGCAAAGGGUAUGUUUAGACUGACUUCAAAUUUUUAUUUUCAAACAUAUAAACGUGUGAUGAGUUCCAACAUAUUUCUGCAAAUACUGAAUA